AGCAGCAGCAGCGCAACAAAUGCAGCCAGCAGCAACGCAACAGCGCUGCCCUCACUAUUUGCCGGCAGCAAUAGCAACAGCAGCAGCAGCGCCGUCGUCGCUGCCAACGUCGCUGCCGCCGCCGCCGCCGCCAAAGAUAUGGACGGACUGAUUGCCAUCAAUGAUAGCGCAUUAUCGCAACAAAUCGAAUUUAUACUACAAGAUGCUCCCAUGGAGCAGGAUGACGAGCAACAGCUGCAGCUCAAUAUGGCAGCGGCAGCGGCAGCGACGGCGGCAGCAGCAGCGGCGGCGGCGGCGCCGUCGUCGUCGAAGCUCGACAACCACCCACCGACAACAAAUGCAACAAUAACGACAACAACAACAAACAGCGCUUCCGCCUACAUCCAACAGCAGCAGCAGCAACAACAACAACAGCAGCAACAUCAUCUGCUGAAUGGGCGACGCAUCAUUAUUCAAUCAACGGGCAGCGGCGCCAACUCUGUCCUGGCGGCCAGCGACAUCAAGGAGGAGCAACAGGAGCUGGAGGACGAGCCGGACGAGGAGGAGGAGGAGGAAGAUCCGGAGCUAAACGAUGAGAAUCUGCAGGACAUCGAAGAGGAGGCGCAGGCAGCCGAAGCUGAUGAGGAGCCCGAAACGGCGACACAUUUGCAACAUCAUCAUCAUCAGCAACAGCAGCAGCAGCAACAGCAACAACAUCAUCAUCAACAACAACAUCAUCAUCAUCACCAACAGCAACAACAACAACAACAUCUGCAACAACAGCAGCAGCAGCAGCAACAACAUCUGCAGACGCAGGUCAAACUGGAGCUGGACGAUAUGCCCGAUGAUGAGGAGGAGGAGGAGGAGGACGAGGAUGAGCAUAUGCAGCAGCCGGCUCAGCAGCAGCAACAGCAGCAGCAGCAACAACUUGAGUCACUGCAACAGCAAUUGGAGUACUCGACAGCGGCACAGCAGCUGGUGCUGCCCGCCGGCAGCAUUGUGAGCACCACAACGCGCGCUCUGGCGGUGCCCGUUUCGGAGGCGGCGCUGGUCCAGCUGCAGCGACGUCCCGUCUACAUAAGCAAUGCAACGAUGAGCAGCUUGGCGGGCGCCACAUAUGUGCGCAUGCCGGCCGCGGCUGUCAUCAGCCGCAGUCCGAUGACCGUGCUGAAUGUGGUGCAGCAAACGGGCGGACCCACCGCACAGCUCAUACUGCAGGCGGCCACGGCGGCGGCAGCGGCACAGGCGCCGCCACAGCAGCAACAACUGGCGGCGCUAGCCCUGGCACAACAACAGCAACAACAGCAGCAGCAGCAGCAACAGCAGCAGCAGCAACAUCAUCAGUCCAUCAAGCCAGCGCCUGCCACGAGCAGCGUGGCAACAUCGACGACCAGCUACCAGUGCAUGGAAUGCGUGGAGAAGUUCGACUCAAAGGAACUCUUUGAUAUACAUCGCAGCGGGCAUGCCAACAAUAUGAAGUGCGCCAUCUGCAAUAUGGUAUUGAAAUCGCUGAAAAACUAUGAGAAACAUUGCCUGCGCUGCAAGCCCUACGAGUGCCAGAUAUGUGGGCGUGUUGUGCGCUUUCGGCCAAACUUUAUAAAGCAUAUGCGCGUGCAUACGGGCCAGCAAUCGGAAAGGCAUAAAUACAAAUGCGAGGUGUGCCACAAGGAGUUCAUGAGCUUUGAAUACUUCAAAGUGCACAAGAAGAUACACAACGAGAACGUGAAUCUCACCUGCGAGAUAUGCGGCAAGGUGUUCAGUGCGCUUGCCUCGCUGCGCGGCCACUCCAAGCUGCAUUCGGGCGUCAAGCUGCACAAAUGCGAUGUGUGCGGCAAGGGCUUUGGUCAGCGCUAUAAUUUGAAAAUACACGCGCGCACGCACACGGGCGAUUUUCCGUUUGAGUGCAAGGUGUGCAAGAAGAAGCUGCAUACGCAAUCCUCGCUGCAGACGCACAUGCAGGUGCAUCUGCGGGAUCAGCCCAAGGGCAGCGCCGCCGCCGCCAUCAGCAGCAACAGCAACAGCGGCAACGCCGCUGCCGCUGCCGCCGCCGCCGCCGCCGCCGCUGCCAGCAGCAACACCAACAACACUAACAGCAACAGCAAUGCUGUCGCAGCUGUGUCAGCAGCCAAUGUCAAACUGGAACCGGAUCUGGAACAACCCGGCACCAGUCUGCAACAGCAACAGCAGCAGCAGCAACAACAUCCACAGCAGCAGCAACAACAGCAGCACGAUAUGGACAUGGAUGAUCAGUCUGGCCUGAGCGAUGAGGAGACUGAGAGUGCUGUCCAUAAUUUGACCAAUAAUCGUUUAACUACCGGCGAGGACUCCUCGAAUGAGUCCUCAUCGAAUGCCUCGCUACAGCAGCCACACUCUUCCUCAGCCAGCUCAACGCACUCGCAACAGCAGCAGCAACUGCCGCAGCCGCAUCAGCAGCAGCAACAGCAGCAACAGCAGCAGCAAUAUAUUGUGUCCACGCCCACACGCACCAUUGUCAUCAAGAACUACGUGCAACAGCAGCAACAGCAGCAGCAGCAAUCGUCAGAGCAGCCAACUGGCAAUGGCAACUGUUCGAGCGUGCUGCACACACAGGUCAUACAGAGCGGUGCGGGCACCAGCAACGGCCAUCACAUCAUCAACGCAAACAAUGCCAGCAACAACAACAGCAGCAGCAGCCACACAAGCAACAGCAGCAACGGCACCAAUCACAGCAACAACAGCAGCGGCAGCAGCAACAGCACCAGCAAUGUUGCAACACAAGCCACGGCCAGCAAUUUGGCGCAGCAACUGUUGCGCAAAACGCCCAUCAUACACUCGACAGGCACGCUUAGCUCUGCGCUGGCCAGCGUGGUGCAGCAGACGGGUGUUGGUUCGCCGGCGCAAUCGCCAUCAUCUUCAUCCACAUCGUGUUCCUCCACCGUGCUGGUGUCCAAGGCGACGGGUGUGCCGUUGUCGAUUGCCUCAUCGGCGGCGCUGGGCGGCUCCACAAUAAUACGCAGCACGCGCAAUCAUCAUCAUCAUCAGCAGCAGCAACAGCAGCAACAGCAACAGCAGCAGCAGCAGAGCAACUGCAGCAGUCUGCGAGUUCAGCAGCGUAAUAACCACCGAAACCACCACCGACGUCGUCAUCUGGCGGACAUGGAUGACGAUGAUGAUGAUGACGAUAAUGAUGAGGAUGAGACGAGCGCACAAUUGCGCUCUGCCACCAAUGGACAUCAUCAUCAUCAUCAUCAGCCGCAGCAGCAGCAGCAGCAGCAGUCGCAGCAGCCGCAGCACCUGAAUCAAAAUCAUAAUCAUGGCCAUGGCCAGAAUCACAGCCACAACCACAACCACAACCAUCAUCAUCAUCAUCAUCAUCACAAUCAUUUCGAUGAUGAUGAUGAUGAUGAGAAAUCAUCACCGUCCCUGGCAACAGCUGCCAUUAUCAAAGUGGAACCGAAUCUCUAUUCAUCCGGUUCCGGCGAUAAUUCCAACGACAUGUUCAUCAAGGAGGAGGUCAUGUUCGAAGAUUCAGCCGCACCACAUUCACCACAAUCGCCGCCCAGCUCCAAAUUUCGCAUCUCGAACUUCGACAGCGAUCUGGUUGAUCAUCAUGUCGAUCUGAAUCAUUCGCUGCCGCCAUAUGGUAACCUAUUUGAGCCGCACUCAAUACCCGACAGCAUACCCGUACAGCUCUAUCCGGAUGAUGAUGAUGAUUUUCGUUUGGAUCACAGCUCGCUGGGUGGUCUGCACAAUACCUCGUCCUCGACCACCGAUGGCGACUUCAUCAAAAAGGAAUGGGUAUAUGGCAGCGGCACCAGCAGCUAUGCCAUGAAUGGUAAAUUUGAUGAUGACAGCGAUGCCCUCUGCGAUGCCGCCAAUUUUAUAUACAAUUGAGUCGAGCAUCUCCACAUGUCUACGCUGACCCAGGGGGCAGGCCAACAAACGGGAGCAGCAGCAGCAGCACCUGCAGCAGGCGAAGCACCUGCAGCAACAAAUUCGAAUUCUUAACGCACACACACACACACACACACACAUAUAUACACACACAUG